CUCUAAUAUCUUUACCUUGACUGUACAACCAUAGCAAUAAGACAUAAAAGGGUGUCCUGCUGCUAGUUGAAAUGAUGAGUCUUCCAAAGUCACACAUCGAGAAACCCAAAACUCGCCUCUUCCAAGAUACUUGCUUCCACGAGCAUAGCUGGAAGUCCCCCAUUCAAAGUCGCCAUGCAACUCUCCACCAUUACUGCCUUCACCGUGGCAGGCAUUCUCUCCCUUGCAACAGCAGCACCAAGCAAUCUCAACGUAUUGAUCGAAAUCCCAAGCACUUCUAUUAGUCCCUUCCACCCAGGCCAGCCCACUGUCCACAGCGAGUCAACGAAGUCAGCAGCAUGCAAUACACAAGCCGAAUGUCCCAGAGGAGACUUCUGUCUGUUCAAUCGCUGUAUGCGAUUCUCUAUUGACGGUGUCGAUGCCCGCGAGUGGGGUGAGUAGGCUACUCAUUAUUCUAAUCAUACCAUGAAACGGUAUUAAAUAUCAAGCAGGAUGUUGGUUCAAAAAUGAUUGUCCCAAAGGCAAGGUUUGCCUUAUGGGCACGUGUGUCUGGCCUUUACUUGCUGAGGAGGUCGAUUCCAAUGAGUAUGGUGAGUAGGAUAUAUAGCCAUCACCAUUUCAUAGCACGUCUCAACACUAACAGUAGACAGAGUGCACUAAGCCUAGCGACUGUCCAAAGGGUAAGAUUUGCGCAUUUGGCAAAUGCAUUCGCCCGUUGCUUGCCGAGGAUGUCACUUCCAGCAAUCGUGAAUGCAGUCCAACCACCGCAUGU